AUGCCACCAAAAUCCGGUCAUACGCGGCCUGGCAGAUCUCAUGCAGGCGUCAAAACGAAAGGCGGUGGCGGCGCCGCGGACAGCCGGAAAGGUGGCAAGGUGGGUGGUGGCGGCGGCAGUGGAGCACUAGAGGGCGGCGCCAUGGCAACGGCAGUCAUUCAGAAGAAGGCCGUUGGGGGCGUCUCUGCUGGAGUGGAGGCGCAAAUACGAUCUCUGCUGCUGGAGCUCCAAAGGCAAGAGCUGCUCCUCCAGCAACACCAGCAGCAGCAGCAGCAGCAGCAGCAGCAACAACAUCAUCGCCACAUGGCGCAGCGCGGCGGCGGCGGCGGCGGCGGGGGACCCGCUGGCGGCACUGGCGAGCCCGGGGCAGCGACGGCGGUGGAUGGCCGUACACUGGCGGUCUUCAGCACCCUGUGGAACCAGUUACUGGCGGCUGGUUUCGGAACCGAGCACAUCAAGAGGGUGGUUCCGGAGCUGGCCCGAGGGCUCUCGUCACCUUCCCUGGAGGCUGCUCUGGACUGGCUCUGCCUCCACCUCGCGGCGUCGGAGCUGCCCCAGAAGUUCAAAUCUGCCGGCGGCGGCGGCGGCGCUGGGGGCGCGCCCGUACGCAUCCUAGCCGUAGCCCAAACCCAACACCAACAAGAACUAGUCAGCGCAACAGCUGGCGCAGCAAUAGCAGUAGCAGGCGAGUCGGAGCCCGGAGCUGUACGGUUGGAAGGCCGCAGUGACGGGCUGUGGGACCAGUCUUCGGAUUCCGGUUUAGGCGUGUCCGACAACGAGGCAGAGCCCGCCGGGGCCGCGGCGGCGGCGGCGGCGGCGGCGGCAGCGCAAGGAAGUACGUCGGACGACGUCGUGGGCUCAGCGGCAGGGGCAGCGGCUACGAGAGCCGCCGGCGGCGGCGGCGGCGGCAUGAAGGAAUGGAUUCUGCGGUACAUGGACGAGCAGGCCAGCAGCAGUGAAGACGAGCGGGAGGCGGCGGAGGGUGGUACGGCAGGCACAUCGUCGUGUUCUUCCGUAGCGGAUUUCGAGUGGGAGGUGUGGGGCGACCCGCGUGAGGUGUCUCGCCGGAGGGCGGAGAGGGCGCGGUCCCGGCUGCCGCCGGAGGAGCGGCGGAAGCAGUUGGCGGAGGAGUGGGUCCGAGCUAAGGAGGUGGCGGCUAGGGCCAAAGCAACGGGUGAUAAGGCCCGCCAGAAGGACGUCGGCCUGAUGAUUCGCGACCUGAAGCAGGAGAUGGCGGCACUGGGGGUCACGGAGCAGCAACUAGACCAGAUUUUGGGGGGUGCCUCUGGAUCCCUGGUGGCGGCAGGACAGGCCGCAGGAAGUACGGGUGCGACGCGGCGGCGGCAGCCGCCGGCGGGGGCGGCGGUCGCGGCCGUUACUGAUAAGGGCGCCGGCAAGGACGAUAAGGCCAAGGGCGGCAAGGAAAAAGCGGCGGUCAAAGGCGGCAAGGGGGAGAAGAACAAGGGCGGCGGCAAGGGGGGCGACAAGGCGGCCGGCAAGGGCGGCAAAGGGGAGAAGGCCAAGGGCGGCAAGGAGCGAGAUGGCGGUCAAGGGAAGGGCGGCAAGGGCAAGGGGAAAGGCGCAGGCAGGCGCGCAGCAGCCUCCCCGCCGCCCUCCGCGUCAACAUCACCCUCAGACACGGACUCGGAAGCCGAGGCCACUGCGCCUGCUGUGCCUGCCGGCCGCCGUCCCGUGGCUCCGAAACCCGAAGAUGACGUGGUUCCGGACAGCUGGGAGGAUAGGGAUCCGUGUCACAGCGAGGCGGCCGAGGCGGAGGUGGCGGUAGCUGGCGGCGGAGCGGUCGGGGAAGGCGGCGGGAGCGGGAGAGGGGAGGAGGUGGCGAGGGAGGCCCAGCGGGCAGGGACACGCGAGGCUGACGGGGCGGAGGUGGCGGGGGCUGGUGGCGGCAGCGACGGCGACGGUACGGCGGCGGCAGCAGCCGCGGAGGGGGAGCCAGCGUACGACGACUUGUCUGGCGGUGAUGAGGAGUCACCUCUCCAAGGAAAGGAUGCGGAUGCGGCACCACCGACGGCGUCAGGCAACGUUGACAGGUCCAGGAAGGCUGGCGCCGCCGCCGCCGCCGCCGCCGUUGACGGCGACACCGGCUUUUCGCUCCCCAGCCUCUUUGACGAUGAUGAUGGCAGCGGCGGCGGCGGGCUGGAUUUCUCGACGCCCGCCGCGCCGCCAUCAGCGUUGCUGCGCGCGGCGGCAGAAGCGGUGCCUGGCCCCUGGGGCGAGUACGGCAAAGGCGCCGGCGGCGGCAAAGGCGGCAAGCGAGGCGCCGCCAAGACGCAGCCUGGCGGUGUUGGUGGUCCUGGUGCUGGUGCCGCCCCGGAGCAACCCAAGACGCCGCGUGCGCUGCUGUCGCAGCUGUGCCAGAAGCAGGCCUGGUCGCAGCCCCGGUACGAACGUCUGGCGGCAGUGGCAGCAGCUGGCGAGGACAGCAGCGGCGGCGGUGGCGGCGGCGGCGGCGGCGCCUUCCGCUACAACGUGGUCCUGGAUCUAGGACCCGCGAGGGGCUUGGCGAAGAAGCGCAACCUGUACGGCAUACGUGUGUACGGCGUGCCUGCAAAGGAGUGCCAGGCCCUUGACGGCGGUGGCGGCUCGCGGCUCCCGCCCCCGACUUGGCCGGACGCGCUGACGGCGCAGGACGCCGCCGCAGCGCGCGCUCUGUACGAGGUAACGCCGCCGCUGCAGCUGCAGCAGUCCAUGUCCCAAUCGCUGGCGCCGCAGUGGCGGCAGCAGUGGCUGGAGUGGGAGGCCGCCGACGGCUCCGCCGCGGCGGCGGCCGCCGCCGACGCCGCCGGCGCCGCCGUAGUGGCAGCCGGCACGGCGGCGGCGGCGGCCAAGCAGGCUGAGGAGGAGAAGCUGGCGGUACUGCGGGAGCUGCUCUCCCGGCCGCCGCCAGCGCCAGCAGCAAUAAUACCCCCGCCGCCGCUGCCCUUUGCGCGUACAUCGCAGCUUGCGACAGCGGCGGCACCGCAGCCGCCCUGCAUUGCACCUCCUCCAUUGCCUCCUCCUCUUCCUCCUCCUGCACUCCUGCCCACAUCACAGCUGGCGGCAUGUGCACAAGAGCCGGAUGCAGGGGAUCAGCAGCUCACGCAGCUAGAGGCUCCGCAGCCGCAGGAAAGCCAGGAGCCGGCGCCGGAGCCGGGUCCUGAGGAGGUGCAGGAGGGUGAGGAGGUGGAUGAGGGGGAAUCUGACUCCCAUGCUGAGCCCAUGACCCACCAUGACGGGGAUGCAGUGGAGCAGGAGGAGUGGGAGGACAUGAUGAUGGCGCUGGAGGAGCCUCAGGAGGAGGAGGGGGAGGAGCCGCAGGAGGAGGAGGGGGAGAAGCAGGACCAGGAACUGGUCACAGAGCAACCCGUCCAAGAGGAAGGACCGGUUUCGGAGCCGGAACCCGGGGAGGUUAAAGCGGACAUGACGGAGGCGGAGGCGGUUCUCACGGACGAGGCUCAGGCGGCCCAGGCCCAGGCGCAGGCCCAGGGCCGUCGCCGCGAGUCCGACACCGAGUCGGCCGUCAGCGCCUCUCUGCGGGCCGCCCUGGAGCGCUGGCAGGACAGUCCCGCGGGUCAGGCAAUGGCGUCGGCACGUGCGGCUCUGCCCAUUGCGGCAGUGAAGGGGGAGCUGCUGGAGGCGCUGCGGCAGGGGGACGUCGUGGUCGUGAGCGGCGACACGGGCUGCGGUAAGACCACCCAGCCGCGGCGCAUCGCCGCAAUUAGCGUAGCUGAGCGCGUGGCUGAGGAGCGGGGCGAGCCUCCCCCCGGCAGCCCCGGCCCCGCCUCCACCACCGGCUACCACGUGCGACUGGGGGCGGCAGUGACCCGCCACACGCGGCUCACGUUCUGUACCACAGGCAUCCUCCUCCGCCGGCUGGCCGGUGACCCCUCCCUUCACGGGGUGACCCACGUGGUGGUGGAUGAGGUGCACGAGAGGUCCCUGCAGUCCGACUUCCUCAUAGCGCUGCUGAGAGACCUGCUGGCGGCGAGGAGGGCCCAGCAGCAGCAGCAGCAGCAGCCGGAGGGGACGGAAGGGGCGGAUUCACCUCUUCCUCCUCCUCCUCCUGCUCCGGCUCUUAAGGUGGUGCUCAUGAGCGCCACUCUGGACGCCAAGCUGUUCGCCAACUACUUCGGAGGAUGUCCGGUCUUACACGCCGCCGGUCGCACUUUCCCCGUCAGCCGACUGUUCUUAGAGGACGUGUACGAGGCAACCGAGUACCGACUGGCUUCAGAUGCGCCUGCAGCGCUGAGGCGACGUGGCCCGGGUGCGGCCCAGGUGUACGCGCAGCGUCUGGGGGGAGGAAGCAGGGGCCAGAGGGAUCUAGUGGCGCGUGGUUUCGGAGACGACGAGGCGCUCUCCGCUCCCCUCAACCCCGAGUACGACCCGGAGCUGUAUGUCGACCGCCCGCUACAUGUACGACGCAACCUGGCUCGGCUGGACGAACAUCGCAUUGACUACGACCUGUUGGAAGCUCUUUUGUCGUACAUCGACGCCACGACGGAGCCCGGGGCGGUGCUGGUGUUCCUCCCUGGCAUUGGCGAGAUUAACCACCUGUACGACCGUCUAACGGCGCAGCGGGCGUACUCGGGACUCCGCGGCGGAGGCGGAGGCGCCGCCGUGUACGGCGGCGCCCGCUGCGUGGUUUUACCUCUGCACAGUGCCGUCCCCCCUGCGGGCCAGCGUGCGGCUCUGCGGCCCCCGCCCCCCGGGCUGCGCAAGGUGGUUUUGGCCACCAACAUCGCGGAGACGUCUCUGACGAUCGAGGAUGUGGUGGCGGUGGUGGACACGGGAAAACACAAGGAAAGGAGGUUUAACCCCGCCCGCUCCAUGUCCAUGCUGGUGGAGGAUUGGGUUAGUGCUGCCAGUGCACAACAGAGGGCGGGACGAGCGGGACGUGUACGACCCGGUGUGUCGUACGCGACGUACACUCGAGCGCGCUUUGAGGGGGGUCUACGGCGGUACGGCGCCCCCGAGAUCACCCGGGUGCCCCUGGAGGAGCUUGUACUGCAGAUCCUGCUCAUGGGUUUGGGUCCCGUCUCGGACUUCCUGUCCCGAGUCCUGGAGCCCCCCCAGCCCCGGGCUGUGGCUGCGGCCCUGGAGGUUCUCAGUCCGUUGGGUCGCCAGUUGGCUCUGCUGCCUGUGGGCCCCCGGCUGGGGAAGCUGCUGGUGCUGGGGGCGCUGCUGGGCUGCCUGGCACCCGCUGUCACCAUCGCGGCGGCCAUGAGCCACAAGUGGGUUUUUGUGAGGAGGGGGCUGAGGAGGAGGCGCAGGUCUCCCUUCCUGACCCCCGCAGACGAUCGCGGGGAGGCGGAGCGGGCCCGGCGGGCCCUGGCGGCCCCCGGCUCUGAGGGCAUUGCCGCGGGGCAGCAGUCGGAUCAUCUGCUGCUGGUGGCGGCGUAUGAGCUGUGGCGGGUGGCUGCCUCCCCUAAGUACGGCGGAGGCACAAGACUUGCCGCCCAAGUGGCCCGUCGCCACUUCCUGCACGUCCAAACCCUGGAGCAGCUGUCUGAGAUGCGGUGCCAGUUGGCGGCCAUGUUGGCGGAUGCCAGGCUGGUGCAGCCGGGUGGGGAGCGAAGUGGAGGAAGAGGAGGAGCGUAUGGGGACGGCGAUGGUGGCGGCGGCGGAUUUGGCGGUGGCGGCAAGGCGGCCAUGGCGGCAGCAGCGGCGUGGCUGGACGAUCCGACUGCCCCUUGGAACAAGUUCGCCAGGGACCCCCUAGUGGUGAAGGCGGCUCUGUGCGCGGCGCUGAGUCCCGCCGUGGCCGUUAUGGGGGAGGACUCCAGCCCCACCAGCCCACCCCGCUGGACGGAUGCCGCCCCUGGAGCUGGCGCUGGGGAGGAGGUGUUCGUACACCCCAGCAGUGUGGUGGCAGCCCUCAACACGCCCCAGCUGCACCACCCCUACCUGGUCUACUUGGAGAAGGUCAAGACCGCUCGGUUGUUCCUCCGCGACGUGACCUCCGUGUCCCCUCUAUGUCUGAUGCUGUUCGGGGGCCCCCUGACGGUGCUGCACGCCGAGGGGGCGGUGCUCGUGGGCGCUGGGCCCGGCUCUGGAGCAGCCAUGGCGGCGGCGGCGGCGGCGGCUGCUGGAAACGGGGUAUUGCGUAUUUCCUGCCGCGCGCAAACCGCCGUGCUGGUGAAGCAGCUGCGUGGUGCGCUGAACCGGUUGCUAGAGCGGCGGUAUACGGGGGGAGGUGGAGGAGGUGGAGGCGGGGUGCAGGUGGCAGAGUCGGUGGUGGGGAUUGUACGGCAGAUGCUUCGGGAGGAGGAUGAGCAACGGUCCAUUGCGGCAAGGUUGUUGUGA